AUGAGUUCUUUUCCUGGCUUUGGAGAUGCGUUUACACAUGCAAUUGCCAUUCGACUUUCAAGACACCUCAAUUUGAUUAAUCCCAAUGAUAUUCUUGCACGGAGGGUCCUUUCUUUGGCUAUAGAAAAGAAUGAUAUUGCUUCUUUUAUUAAAGCAAUUCAGACAUUUGGUAGAUUUAGUGAUGAGGCAGCCGAAAUGUUGUGGAAAGAUAUUAGACAAGAAUGGCUAAAUUUGUCUGAAACAAAUGUUUCAGUGCAGUCUACUACAUUUUCUUCUGAUGUAGACCAACUUCCAGCAUCACUGAAUUCUACAGUAGGCGGUCUUUUGCCAUCAAGCUUUUCAGUAUCUGAUACACAUACAUCUCAUAAUCCUCAUCGUCCUUCACUUCUUGGAUUAGAUAAGCUUGCUCAAAAAAAAAGAAAUGAAAUGAUAUUGAAAACAGAAAGAUUUGCUAAACGACUAUCAUCAGAGACAGAUUCUGAAUAUUCAGAGUCUGACAAGAUUGAGUUUAAAGCACCACUUCCUAAAAAGGACGAAAAUUCUUUUAGCUCUAGAAGUAAUGCACGUAUUCGUCGAAUUGAUACACCUAGCUAUGGCUCAGGGCUUAGUGAAGCUUCUAAAGAAAGUCUGAAAAAUUAUAAAUCAAGACAUGAAAAUGUAAAAGGUGGGCUAUUUGAGAAAAAAGCAUCUACAAAUCAUAGCAAUCGUGAAAGUUAUGAUACUGAACAUUUUAAUGAAAAGCACAACUCAUUAUUACGUAAAGAUUUUCCAAAAGAAAAAUUUUCUUUCAAUAAUACUGAAAUAUCUAAUAAAAGAAGUUUUUCAAAAUAUAGUGAAAGAAAUACAGGUUCGCAUGCAAAUACAAAUGGAAUGGAUAGGUUUGGAUAUGCUAGUACUCCUAGAGUUACAGAUUCUGCUUUGGAUAACCAAGAAUUACAUUAUUCAGACAAAAAUAUGAAAAACGGUUAUGAUACAGUAGAAUGGGAAAAUAAUUUAGCAAAAAUUGAUCGUGAUUGGUAUAAUACAGAUGAAUUUGGCAAUGUUUAUGGAGAUGAAGUACAUAAUCCUUUUUUUCAAUUUGAAGAUCAAGAAAAGAACCAAAAUGAAAUGUUACUUAAAAAAAAAACCAAAAGAAUAUCUGCAAAACAAAGGGAAUUUAAUAGAGAAAAUGACCAUUGGGAAAUGAAUCGUAUGCUUACAUCUGGUGUGGCACAACGUUCUUACGUUGAUAUGGAUUUUGAGGAUGAAAAUCAGAAUAGAGUUCAUCUUUUGGUUCAUGAUCUGAAACCAUUAUUUCUUGACGGUAGACAAGUUUUUACUAAACAACAAGAUCCUGUUUCCGCUGUUAAGGAUCCGCAAAGCGAUAUGGCUGUUUUUGCACGUAAAGGAUCGUUGCUUGUAAAAGAGCGUAGGGAACUUUCAGAAAGAAUGAAAGCAACAGCUGAAGUUGCAAAUCUUGCAGGGACUACUUUAGGAAAUUUAAUGAAUAUUAGAGAUGAGGCUAAAGAUAAAAUAGAAGAAGCCAAAUUCAAACAAAAGUUUGAUGGAAAUGAUCUAGAUAUUAAAGAAAGUAAUAAAUUUUCAACUUAUAUGAAAAAAUCAGAAGCAGCAAGCGAAUUUUCUCGCGGAAAGUCUUUAAAAGAACAAAGAGAAUACUUACCUGCAUUUGCAGUCCGUGAAGAUCUUUUGAAUGUUAUAAGAGAAAACCAAGUAACAAUUGUAAUAGGUGAAACAGGGUCUGGAAAAACUACACAAUUAACUCAAUUUUUGCAUGAGGAUGGUUAUUCUAGUUAUGGUUUAAUUGGAUGUACGCAACCUCGAAGAGUUGCUGCUAUGAGUGUUGCAAAACGUGUUAGUGAAGAAAUGAUGGUAAAAUUAGGGACUAUUGUUGGUUAUUCUAUCCGUUUUGAAGAUUGUACAAGUUCCGAUACUGUUAUUAAAUAUAUGACUGAUGGUGUUUUAUUACGUGAAUCACUUAUAGAUUUAGAUUUGGGUAAAUAUUCAUGCAUUAUUAUGGAUGAAGCACAUGAAAGAUCGCUUAAUACAGACAUUCUAUUAGGAUUGAUAAAAAACAUAUUGACUAGAAGGAAGGAUUUAAAAUUAAUUGUUACUUCUGCAACAUUAAAUGCUGAACGGUUUUCACACUUUUUUGGUAAUGCACCUCAAUUCACUAUACCAGGACGUACUUUUCCUGUAGACAUUUUAUUUUCUAAAUCACCAUGUGAAGAUUAUGUGGAUAGUGCAGUUAAACAGGUGCUUACUAUCCACUUAUCACAUCCUCCUGGUGAUAUAUUAGUAUUUAUGACAGGACAAGAAGACAUCGAAAUUACUUGUCAGGUUAUUAUGGAACGCUUAGAACAGCUUGAUAAUCCACCUAAGCUAUUAGUGCUGCCUAUUUAUUCACAGAUGCCUGCUGAUCUUCAAGCAAAAAUAUUUGAACGUGCUGAGAAUAAUGCUCGGAAAGUAGUUGUUGCAACAAAUAUAGCAGAAACUUCAUUGACAUUGGAUGGAAUUAUGUAUGUUGUUGAUUCUGGAUAUUGUAAAUUAAAAGUUUAUAAUCCAAGAAUGGGUAUGGAUGCGCUUCAAAUAACUCCUAUAUCUCAGGCAAACUCAAAUCAAAGAUCUGGAAGAGCUGGUCGUACGGGAGCAGGAAUUGCGUAUCGUUUAUAUACAGAAGCAGCAUUUCAAAAUGAACUUUAUAUACAAACUAUACCAGAAAUUCAGCGUACUAAUUUAGCUAAUACAAUACUAUUACUUAAAUCUCUUGGAGUUAAGGAUUUGCUUAAUUUUGAUUUUAUGGAUCCUCCUCCUGAAGAUACAAUUAUGUCGAGUUUGUUUGAUCUAUGGACAUUGGGUGCAGUAGAUAAUAUUGGGAACUUAACUCCUUUAGGGCAAAGAAUGUCUUCUUUUCCUAUGGAUCCACCUCUUUCAAAAUUAAUAAUAGCUUCAGAAGAUUACGGAUGUACAGAAGAAAUGCUAACUAUAGUUUCAAUGUUAUCUGUUCCUCCUGUUUUUUAUAGACCUAAAGAAAGACAAGAAGAAAGUGAUGCUGCUAGAGAAAAGUUUUUUGUUCCUGAAUCUGAUCAUCUUACAUUAUUGCAUGUUUAUUCUCAAUGGAAGUCUAAUGGUUAUCGUGAUGAAUGGUGUAUGAAACACUUUUUACACCCAAAAGUAAUGCGUAGAGCACGUGAAAUUCGUCAACAAUUAAUGGAUAUUAUGAAAUUUCAAAAAAUGAAAUAUAUUUCCUGUGGAUCUGAUUGGGAUGUUGUUCGAAAAUGCAUUUGUUCAGGAUACUUUCAUCAUGCUGCGAGAGUUAAAGGAAUAGGGGAAUAUAUACAUAUUCGCUCAGGAAUGCCAUGUCAUUUACACCCUACAUCUUCUCUUUAUGGGUUAGGUUAUCUUCCUGAUUAUGUAAUAUAUCACGAAUUGAUAUUAACAUCAAAGGAAUAUAUGAGCAUUGUAACAUCUGUUGAUCCUUAUUGGUUAGCAGAACUAGGUGGAAUGUUUUAUUCUGUUAAAGAAAAAGGUUAUAAAUAUAAAUUAUAA